GCGAGCGUGUGUGUGUGUGUGUGUGUGUGUGCCGGGUUAUUACAGGCUGCCAGGGCAGCGCGGUCGGUGGAUGUGCGGGAAUGCAAUUGCGUGGCCAUUUUCAUGUGGGCAGGGGAGGAGAUAAAACGGCGAAUACACCACAGGAUCUUAUUGCGGUUGAUAAUAGGCGAUCGGGGAGGGCUAUUUAGAGGCUUAAUAAAAUGGCGACGACUUGGCAGAAGUAGCUCCUGGAAGGAUUUGGAGAGAGGCGCAAAAGUUGCAUCAUAUAAAGUUCAUCCUGCAAAGGCGGGAGGGAAAGGGACGAACUCAAAAAGUUAAUGGCAAAGUGUAGCGUGCAAAUUUCCAAUACAUUUUCGAUUUCGAUACAUUUUUUAAAAACACAUUUAUAGAACACGUCCUUGUAGUUUUUUUGUAAAAGAAAAACGUGGAAAUAGAACUAACACAUUUGCCCAUUUUUUAAUUUAACACAAUUAUGUAUCGUCAACCUCCAAAUUCCAAUUAAUAUACAUAUUAGUGUUAUUUUACCUUCAACCACUAAGCCAGUAAUCUUUUAAUCCAUGAUGAAAGUAUAUUGGUUUAGAGAUUUUCAGACAGUGAAGCCUUUUCUUAUUUAUUUAAAAAAAACUCACUAUAUUGUAUUAUAUUCUGUUUAGUAUUACUAAACAAAACACUCCUUAAAUUGCAACACUCUAUGCUGCAUGCAAUCCUAGAGUAGUUUGCCUCUACCUGGUUAUAUAUCACCUGCUGUAGACCUACACAGGUUGGGAGUUAUUUUAUUUAGACUAGAAUGUUUUCUGGAAUGUUUUAUAUAAUAAACACACGUUAAGAGUUGGUACUUCAACAUUUAAUAAAAAAUUAUAAAACAGUUUUUUACACAUUUGUGCAUUUAAUUUAGUUGCCAAAUCCAUAGUCUGUACACUAUUAAUAAAAUAGCAAAAAGAAAAAAAAGACAUUACAGAAGAAUUAAGAUUAAUUGCUUGCUUAAUUAAUUUACUCGUUUGUUUUGUCUCCCUGACUUGUUCCCUAACCUUCUUAAAGCCUAUACAUUCUGGAUGAUAAAACCGAGCAGCGCUGUGUUAACCCCUAUUAUUGAUAUUACUUGUGAAAUGUGUCCCUCUAACAAACUCCAUUUUCCUCAGUAGUUGUCGCCGAGCUUCUUUCACCUGAUUGGCUGAACAGAUUUGUGGUUGCGCUACGUCACUUCCUGCUUUGUGAAGCAUGAUGGCGGUGUCCUGUGGAGCAGAGGCACAUUGACGUCUCGAGGUUUCCACAGUUUACCUUCCACACAGCCCAGAUUCUGGACGUUUUGCAGUAGAUGACAUUAUCAGCAUCGGCCCCUCUUCAUAUACGGAGCUGAGUUGUUGAUCAUGGCACUUCACAGAUUGUCCUUCAGACUGCGACAGACGGUAGCGCAUGUAAGGUCUCUCCAUACCAGUGGAUGUGGGAAGCAGCAGGGUGCUGUGUCGGUGAAGGCAGACCCUGAGCUUUUCUCGGUUUUCAGGACUCAGGAUAGCGAUCCAGCAGAUCAGACAGAAAGAAAUAUCGGACAAUAUUACACCAUUCCUUCAGCACACGUCCACAAACUGUUCCCUAAUGGGCUUCCCUGGCGCUACGAGCAACAGGUUAAGACUUUUAAUGAGGCCUGUGUGAUGGUGAGGCAACCAACUUUGGAGGUCAUCUCCUACCUGAAGAAAGCAGACUACAGCAAACCAGCACUGCGAUAUAUAUUCUAUGGGCUGAAGGGGACUGGGAAGACGUUGUCUCUCUGUCACACAGUACAUUACUGUUAUACACAAGGAUGGAUGGUGCUGCAUAUUCCUGAUGCUUUCAAAUGGGUGAAAAACUGCAGGGAGCUACUUCCUUCAUCCUACAACACCUCUCGCUUUGACCAACCUUUACAAGCCACAGAGUGGUUACGUGACUUCAGAAUCACCAACGAGCAGUUCCUUUCAAAGAUAAAGACAAAGCAACGUUAUGUGUGGACAAAGAGAGAGUUCACUGAGGAGGGAAGUCCACUGGGACAGCUGGUGGAUCGGGGUAUAUCCCGCGUGAAGAGCAGUACUGAUGUGGUGGGGGCGGUGAUGAAGGAACUGAGGCUACAAAGUGGGCAGCCAGAGUCAAGUUUCCGCCUGGCCGUGGCUGUGGAUGGUGUCAAUGCCCUGUGGGGAAGAUCCACCAUCAAUAAGGAGGAUAAAAGCGCUGUGGAUCCAGAUGAACUCACUUUGAUUCAUAACCUGAGGAAGCUGAUGAAAAACGAUUGGACGGGUGGCGCCAUCAUCACCACUCUGUCCCAGACGGGUUCUCUCUACUCCUCAAAAUCUGCCUACCUGCCACAGGAGCUGCUGGGAGAGAGGGGGUUUGACAACAUGGACCCAUUCAUCCCAGUGUCGGUGUCCAACUACAGUGAGAAGGAGUUUGAAAGCUGUUACCUCUACUAUUUGGACCGCCACUGGCUGCAGCAUCCACAGAGCCAGAGACAGGAAGGGAAGAAGGAAAUCCUUUUUCUGAGCGACAGAAAUCCAGCAAUGUUGGAAAGAGUUUGUGCCUUUUUAUGAAGUCACAGAAACUUAAAUCACACAUGAAUACCACAUACACAUCAGUGUCCUGGAAACACAAACGUACACAUUUCUGUAUAUGUCAGUGUCUGUUUAUCUCCCUGUAAAUUAUGAUGCACAUGUGUUUGUUUGAUAAUAAAGUAUUUAAAAAAAUGA